AUGGCAGCGAAGUUGCACCUUCAACAAGCGCAUGGUGGGGAUGGUUUGGUUGAAGCUGGGCCUGGCCCUGGGGUCGAGACUGUGCCCAGCGUGCCAUCAGUGCCACCUUCCAGUCCCAUUGAGCGAAGUUUUGCCGACGACGAAGAGCGCCGUCCUCGCCGUAUGAGGCCCACGCCAAAACCACUCCACCAACCCGAUCGUGAGGUACCGGAGGCCGCUAUGGAAGAGCUGCUCGGAGUAUGGGACAAAAUUGGGCUCAGCAGGUUGGAGAAAAACUUUGUACACAGCACAAUGGUGAUGAAAGUUUUUGCCGCGCGGCCUGACGUCUCUGAGCAGCCCCUUUACGAACCUGUUACUCCCGAAGGGGAUAACCCCUUCGAAAACCUGGACCAGGUUUCUGCCGGUGUGGUGACAGAGUCAUACAUUGGGGACCAUGCAUUUACCGAUUUGGACCUAAAAGAACCGUUUGUCGAAGCACCCGAUUACACACUAAAUCCAUUUCGUGCUGGGAAGGUUGGAAACCCAUUUACGAAGGUUUCUACCGCGCAACGCGAAGCACUUCGGCCUGCUCAGCAGCAGCUGGUAAAAGAGGAACCUGUAACAGCUCCAGUUACAUCAUUUGGUCAGUUGCCACUGUUUGGAAAGCAGCAAGAGUCGAAUGAAGCCAUAACAACAAGGACAUCACAACAGGGGGCCUCUGAUGUAGGUGAGGUUUCCUCACCCUUCUCGGCGACCAUAGCCGAUUCACCGUUUACUGGAAAAGUGGCUUCGCCUUUUGCUUCGACUUCCGAAACUGCAGCCACGCCCUUUGAAAAUUCACCAUUUACGGCGACAUCUCCUUUUGCUGUUCCCGGAAUGCAGCAAGCGGCGUCACUUACUGCACCAGAUGCGUCUAGUCCUUUUGCUCAAAGUUCUUCGAUCCCUCCUGCCGCGUUCCCCAUGACAAUGGGAAUCCCCAACAUGCCUGCAAAUUCUCAACAGGAGCAAUGUGUCCCAGAGCAAGAACAUGAAUGCCCCUCGUGUGGGAAAAAGUUCGCUACUUUCGACGGCGCCGCCAUGCAUAGCAAAGCAAAACAUGGUGUUGUUCUCGAACUUGAGAAGAAGGAGAAAGGAAAGCAACAGGGGCGCGGCAUACCGGAUUUACCGGCAUACAUUCCAAGCCCUGUCGAUCUCUCCUCGACAUCUCCUUUUGGGACAAAAAACCCUGUUGGUGCAUCCUGGGCGGAAACGGAGCUCAUACCUCAUGCUCAGUGCAUGAGCAACAUUACAAUUCUAGGUCGCGUGCUCGAUGUCACACAAACAAUGGACAGCAUUUCACACGUAACAGUUUUUGUACAAGGUGAGCGAAACGGGGAAGAAGAGACUGUAACACUUCACUGUUCGGGCGAAAUUAACCGUCGGUUCAAGGACACACUGAAGCGUAAUACCACGGUCUUUGUGAGUGGGACCUUACGUCUUCAUCCUGUUUACGAGGCAUCCAACAACAAGUACUACAUGAGCCCUGUUGUGCACGUUGCGUUGCCAACGGGUAUGCUGGCUGUGAUCGCAUAA